ACGACAAUGUUGACGACAAUGUUGACCACAACCGUGCUGCCGGAAAGCUGCACAUUCGAACCGACGCAGACUAUCUGGCUCACGGAGGGAUGUGAUAUCACAUGCGCAACCGACAAUUGGUGUAUAGCUGACGCUGCCGUCACACUGCCCUGCGGAUGUCGCAGUGUCAAGGUUCAGCCGGCUACUACGACGAUAUGCCCUACGUCGGCCGGAUGCAUUCAGUGCACCACCGGAUGGGGGAUUGUUACGAUAACGGAGUCUUGUCCUACGGCGACUGAACCGGCGAGUUAACUGGUCCGGGGGUGAAAUACAUGUGGAUUUCUGUCAAUUGUAAGCUCUAUUAUCCUGUAUCAAAGGGAAACGCCGAGGAUUUAGAUCUAGAAAAUAGGAAAAGUCACCUAGGUGAUAGCAGAGAUCACUUUCCGGGCGUCUAUUUCUUCUUCCCCGAAACCAAUAGUCGCCACCUUGAAGAAGUUGAUGAGAUCUUCUUAAAGUCGAACUCUAACUUCGACACUAUCGGAAUCGCUAACAAGAUCCCGCGAGGUACGUGGAAUUUGGGCCACGUCCUGGAGGAAAAGAUUCGCCCAAACAACGCCGUGGACGGGGCAGAGGCGAGAUGGUGCCACGUGACUGCCAAUAUAUUCUGUUACCUAAAUCGGCCAGCGCGUCAAGCUGGUAGCAGUGUGCAAUCGAUCGAAACCAACUGCCAAUCCUCCUCCCUGCAGUCUUGUCACCUUAGUACCUGGCUGCCAUUGAGUGAGUUACAGGAUAGAGAGGCUUCCAUACAGCCAACAGUCUAGUCCAGAAAAUCCAAAGCUGCCCAUGUCUCCCGUUCAAAGACCACGACGAAGAAGACAAUUUUCAAUACCGAAUCCUUAGCCAGCAGGGCGGCGCCAAGGUUGACGAAAUUGUCCC